AUGUCAAGAUACGUCCAAAGAGCAUUUUACGCCUACGCGGCUGCUGCUGCUGUCUUGCCACUGAGCGCAAGGGGACAGGACGUUCCUGUUCACCACAACACGCAACCAAGCAUAGCACAGGCCCCCCCCCUGCCCCCUGCUGAUUCUGCAGCUUAUGGCUAUCACCAUCCUCCACCUGAGCAUUCUGCAGCUCCUCCUUCACCGCCUGUGCACAGUUCGCACGGUUAUGGGGCUCACGACUCCUCACCGCCUCCGCACGGCCACGAUGGUGUUGCCAUGAGCUCACUGCCCAACACAUACCCUCUCUGGGAGCAGUCCAGUGGCACAACUGAGCUGACCACCCACUCCUGGAAGCCUCCUCUAACGCAGGAGAAUCUUGGCUACUGGGACGUUGCCAUGUCCACCGUCCCGUCGGAAGACCACAUUGUACUGAUGCCAGCAGAUGCGAACAGAACCGGUCAGUUCUGGCAGCGCACUGCAGUUCCUGCGGUCCACUUUGAAGUACAGUUUGGGUUCGGAGUGUUCGGGAGAGAUCCAAUCGUUCAAGGAGCCCCUGGAGGACAAGCCAGUAGCGACAGCCAGCCAGACGGGUUCGCAUUUUGGUAUGUCUAUGAGCCGUAUGCAAGCGUCUACCCGAGAACACCGGAAGAGCAAGCCAGCUGGAGCCUUGUAGGAUACAAGAGUAACCCCAAGGGAUUUGGCGUCAUCUUCAAGGCAGCCGACCAAACAGGGAACAUCAAUCCGUCGAUUUCAUGCGUUCAUAACACUGAUGACAGCAGAGAUUUCUCCAAAGAAAUCCCUACUUCUUCUGCCUUCUUUUACCAAUAUAGAAACAAGCCCACGCCGGUUCUCUUCCGUGUCAUAGUUGGGAAUCAAGGAGUAGUUGCUCAAAUUCGCGAAUCUGUUACCUCAGCAUGGGUUACUGCAUGCUCGCUGGAGCAUGUUCAUUUGCAUGCCCAUGGCUUCAUCGGUUUUACAGGCCACAAUAAGCCUGGCGUAGCCCAAGGCCAACCUGGGCAGCAGCCUACAGGAGAUCAGGUUGUACUUCAUUUCGUGAAAAUAUGGAGCCUAGAUCCUCUUCCUCCUCAGCAUAAUGCCCCCGGGUCGCCACAAGCAGUCCACCCCACUGAUGGAAGCCAGGUAGCAACUGACGCUCAUGCUCAUGCUCACUCAGCCCAUGCUGAACAAUAUGGCGUCUAUUCAGGACAUGGGCAUGCAACUGCCUAUUUGGCCGCACCCCACAGCCAAUCAGAUCCAACGGUCCUGCAAAUGCUGACGUCACUCGGAAGUCAAAUGAACAUGCUGAGCGCGGAAGUAAACGAUUUGAGACAAGACCUAAGAAGACUGUGGGGGGACGACGGGCCAGAUGCCGUGAAGUCCCUAAAGUCGGAGUUGACCGGUUUUAAGGAUCUUUUCAAACGACAUUCCCAACAGCACACAUCUGCAUUGCACAACAUUCACAAACAAGUUGAGAUCAAAUCAAGCACUCCGCACGAAGGGGAAUCGCCAAUCCUGUCUCGAUUGACCGAUUUGUCAAGCCAGUUAGAGAAGGAUAUCGCGGUCAAGCAUGCCAGCGUGUUUCUUCUUGCUUUAGCAGCUCUCCUCCUGGUCGUCCUGUUUGCCCUGUGCUCUUGGAGAAAGUUCCGGGCAAUAGAGAAGAAGCACAUGCUUUGA